AUGCAUUUCAUCGUAACCGGCGGGGCAGGAUUCAUAGGAUCUCACAUGGUCUGUUAUCUCCUAGAUGAGUAUCCUCAUUGCCAUGUUACUUGUAUAGAUCGGCUCAGCUACGCAACAAAGUAUCUGAGCAAAAAUUUGGCAAUGUGGUGCGAUCUGCCCAGAUACAACUUCAAGGAAAUGGAUCUCGCAGAUGGUGCAGACGAGACGAUUUUCAGCGAGUGCAAGGACGAAGAGGAUGUGACGAUACUACAUUUUGCAGCCGAGAGUUGUGUUGACCGGUCAUACAUAGACCCGUUGUUUUUCACGCGAAAUAAUAUCUUUGCAAUGCAAAAUGUUUUGGAGGCAUACCGCAAAAGAGUUGAGGGACAUCCUGAUCGACAGAAGACUCAUUGUAUGGUGCACAUUUCGACUGAUGAAGUCUAUGGAGAGCAGAAGCAUACAGAUACUGUUACAGAAGACUCGCUUCUCUUUCCUUCAAACCCGUACUCUGCUACAAAAGCGGCUUGUGAUUUGAUAUUGCACUCGUACAUAAAGUCCUUCAAUGAUCUACGCAUUUCCAUUAUUCGAUCCAACAAUGUAUAUGGUCCGGGACAGUACCCUGAAAAGCUCAUCUCAAAGACUCUUGAAGCGCUCAAGCAUGUGGAUAGAGACGGGUUCUUGCCGGAAUCCUGGAAGGUUCCUAUACAUGGCACCGGAGACUGCCAGCGAAGUUACCUUCAUGUGAGAGAUUUCGUGGCAGCAGUAAUACUAAUAGAAAGAAACGCGCGAGAUACAGAGGCAUUCGGCCAGAUAUUCAAUGUGGGUGUCAAAGAAGAAAUCAAAAACAGGGAUUUGGUGUAUUCGAUCUGCUCAAUGUACAUGAAACUACGCUUCGAGAAGGAGCAGAUAUCUGAGCAGGAAUUCGUCACUUUUGUCAAAGAUCGUUGUUACAAUGAUGCCAGAUACUCUCUAGACCUCGAGAAAAUUCACAGUCUUGGCUGGGCUCCUCGCAUCACGUUUGAAGAAGGAAUAUCUGAACUCGUUCAGAGCAUUAUACCAUAG